AUGGUCCACUCGGCUGCUUCCUCUCAAUACAUACUCUCGUCUGAUGGCACACAUUAUGUGCUUAACCAUCCGAUCGAGAAGUCGGAUAGCGAUGAUCGAACUUACAAAAUGAUCAAAUUGAAAAAUGACUUGGAGGCAAUGAUUAUUCAUGACGAGAAAACAGACAAGGCUAGCGCCGCUUUGGACGUGCACGUUGGAUAUGAUUGCGAUCCGAUUCAUCUCCAAGGAUUAGCUCAUUUUUGUGAGCAUUUAUUAUUUAUGGGCACGAAGAAGUACCCCAAAGAAAAUGACUAUAAUGAGUAUUUGUCCGGUCACUCGGGAAACUCGAAUGCAUGGACAGGACCAGAUAGCACGAAUUACUUCUUUGAAGUUGGUGGAGAUCACUUGGAGGGCGCUUUGGAUCGAUUCUCUCAGUUUUUCAUUAAUUCGUUAUUUGAUCCGAGCUGUACAGAGCGUGAGUUGCGAGCUGUUGAUUCAGAGAACAAGAAAAACCUGCAAGACGAUGGGUGGCGUCUAGAUCAAUUGGAAAAAUCUUUAAGCAAUCCAAACCAUGUAUACCACAAAUUUGGAACUGGCAGUCUCGAAACGUUGCGCGAUCAGCCUCUGAAGAAUGGUAUCGAUGUCAGGGAAGAGUUACUGAAAUUUUACGAACGAUAUUAUUCGGCCAAUCUGAUGAAACUCUGCGUUCUUGGGAAAGAACCACUGGAUGUCUUGACGCGAUGGGUAGUAGAGUAUUUCUCCGAUAUACGAAACAAAUCGCUUCCUGUUCCCGUAGCUGAAGGAAGUGUGUUAACAGAAAAUGAAUUAUUGAGAGUAACGUUUGCCAAGCCGGUAAAGGACAUUCGAUACUUGGAACUUCCUGGCGGAUAUUUGAGUCAUUUGAUCGGACAUGAAGGGAGUGGGUCUAUUCUCUCUUUGCUUAAGAAAUUGGGAUGGGCGAACAGUCUCGCCAGUGGCUCGUACAAUGUUUCCGUCGGAUGCGAGUUCUUUAGGAUACAAGUUGAUUUGACCGAAGAAGGGCUGAAGCAUUACGAAGACGUUGUUAAAGUUGUGUUUCAAUACAUUGAUAUGUUAAAGAGAGAAGGAUUCAAAAAGUGGAUAUUUGAUGAGAAUGCCUCACUAGCUGCUAUUGGUUUUCGCUUUGUCGAAAAAUUCACAGUGAGCGAGUACGCGUCUUUUGUUACCCAGUCUAUGCAAAGACCUUAUCCCAGGGAAUGGGUUCUGAGCGGACCGUAUUUGAUUCGUGAAUGUGAUUCUGCACAAAUCGAAGAUGCCUUGAACCAUUUACGGCAAGAUCGGUUUACGCUCAUGGUCGUUGGAAAAACGCUGGAAGGUUUGGAUCAGAAGGAGCGAUGGUACGGAACUGAAUAUUCGACUAGAAAGUUCGGCGAUGAUUUCUUGAAGGAGUUGAAGAAUUUACCUGCGAAUCCUGAAUUGAGUCUACCGCAGCCUAACGAUUUCAUACCGGAGAACUUUGAAACCCAUAAGCAGACCGAUAUAACGCCCGCCAAGCAUCCGACUCUGAUUAAGAAUUCACGGUUAGCUCGUGUAUGGCACAAGAAAGACGACAAGUUUUGGACUCCUAAAGUGAAUUUAUAUUUCAUGUUCCGGACUCCAUGUGCUUAUAUUACUCCAAUCCAUUGCGUAAAGACACGUCUGUAUACCGACUUAAUUUGUGAUGCAUUGACUGAAUAUGCCUAUGUAGCAGAAGUCGCUGGAUUAUCUUACGCUAUUACGAACGAUUUCGAAGGCAUCACCUUGAGGGUCGGAGGAUUCAACGACAAAGUGCAUAUAUUACUAGAGAAAAUAGUUUCCUUGAUGAGAAACUUUAAAGUGGAUCCAGAACGUUUUGCGUUGAUUAAAGAGCAACUAGAGCGCCAUUAUCGUAACAAUUCAUUGGAACCACCAUACAUCCAUGCGCUGUAUUAUAUUCAGUAUUUAACACAAGAAUUGAUAUGGACCGCAGAAGAGAAGCUGGAAGUUUUAGAUCCUAUCACAGCUGAAGAUGUCCAAUCAUUUUAUCCUGAAUUGCUUAACCACCUCCAUGUGGAAACAUUGAUUCACGGAAACAUGUUUGAAGAUGAAGCCUUGCGAGCCGUCAAGACCGUCGAAGACAUUUUAGCGUAUAAGCCAUUAAUUCCAUCACAGAUGAUCCGACGUCGCCCGCUUCUGUUGCCUGAAAGUGGACAUUUUGUCUAUCAGCGUAAAGUUUUUGACGAAAAGGAAGUUAAUUCUUCUAUUGUGUACUAUGUCGAUGUUGGAAAGGCGGUAGACGUCAAGCUUAGGGCGCGGCUGGCUUUACUAGUUCAGAUUGCAGAUGAGCCAUUCUUCGAUCAGUUGAGGACGAAAGAGCAGUUGGGCUAUGUGGUCAGGAGUAGAAUGCGCAAUGAAUGUGGCAGUAUUGGCAUGGAAUUUAUUGUUCAAAGUGUAAAAGAUACGGUGCAUUUGGAGAACAGAAUAGAGGCAUUUCUGUCGAAACUUCAAUCUACGAUUGAAACCAUGUCUGAGGAAGAAUAUCAGAAACAUGUACAAUCUUUGAUAACGACAAGACUCGAAAAGGACAAGAAUUUAGGCGAAGAGAGUCAGCGAUACUGGAUAAUUAUCUAUAAAGGACUUUAUAAUUUCUUCCAAGUCGAUCAAGACGUGGAAGAACUCAAAACCAUCUCCAAGUCGUCCCUUCUGGACUUUUUCAAUGAAUAUGUACAUACAUCCUCCAAGACCAGAAAGAAACUUUCUACUCAUUUACGCUCACAAAAUCCUCCCCCAUCGUCACCUCAUGCCAAGACGUUUGAUAUUAACAGAUUGUUCAGCUGUCUUCAGUCACAUUCCCUAACAUCUGAGAUAACCCUAGCAGAUCUUUCUAGCAAUCUGGAGAGCAAAAACUUUGGGUCCCCUGAUGGUCAAAACGCGUUGAAAAAGUUCCUCGCUGAUAAAACUAAAGCAGACGACAAGGAAAUUGAACAAGUGAUAAAGAAGGUCAAUCAAGCCCUUGUGGUCGUGAGUAAUAAAGAGGAUAGCCAGACCAAAGUUGAGGUGGAUCAAGAAGUAGCCAAGGACAGUAAUGAGACGUCAAGAGAUGAUUCUGUAUUGUCGGAAAAGAACGUCGUCAUUGAAGAUUUGGCGGUAUUCAAGAGUAAUAUGAAAUUGGGCCCGGCUCCGACAACCACAAUUCCUUUUGAAACAUUGUCCAAGAGUGAUGUCAAGAAUCAGAAUUAA